AUGGCAAAGGAGCUGCACUUCAACAGAAACAUGGAGGCCCUGAAAAAGCUGCAGGCUGGUGUUGACAAGCUCAGCAGCGUGGUUGGAGUCACCCUGGGACCCAAGGGCCGGAAUGUUGUGCUGGAGAGCAAGUACGGCUCCCCGCGCAUUGUGAACGAUGGUGUGACAGUGGCCAAGGAGGUGGAGCUUGAAGACCCUGUGGAGAACAUUGGUGCCAAGCUCGUGCGCCAGGCGGCCUCAAAGACCAACGACACAGCCGGAGACGGCACCACCACAGCCACUAUCCUCAGCGCAGCCAUCAUUGCCGAGGGCAUGAAGAUUGUGGCAGCAGGCACCAACCCCAUCCAGCUGACGAGGGGCAUUGAGAAGACGGUGACGGCGCUGGUGGAGGAGCUGCAGAAGCUGAGCGUUGAGGUUCGCGACGAGGACCUCGCCAACGUUGCCACCGUGUCCGCCGGCGGCAAUGAAGUGAUUGGGCAGCUGAUCAGCGACGCAAUGGGCCGCGUGGGGCGUCAGGGCGUGGUGACGAUGGAGGAGAGCCGCACGGCGGAGGAUCACCUGUACGUGGUGGAGGGCAUGCAGUUCGAGCGCGGCUACAUCUCCCCCUACUUUGUCACUGACCCCGAGCGCAUGGUGGGUGAGUUCGAGAACUGCCGGCUGCUGCUGGUUGACAAGAAGAUCAGCACGGCGCGCGACAUCGUGGGCAUCCUUGAGGCGGCCGUGCGCGGCGGCUUCUCUCUCCUCAUCAUGGCCGAGGACAUCGAGCAGGAGGCGCUCGCCACCAUGGUCGUCAACAAGCUCCGGGGUACCCUGAAGGUUAUCGCUGUGAAGGCACCGGGCUUCGGUGAGCGCAAGAGCAGCUACCUGGAAGAUAUCGCCAUUAUGACAGGCGCACAGGUGGUCAAGGAGGAGCUGGGCCUCUCUCUUGACAAGGUGGGCGAGGAGGUGUUGGGAAUUGCCGCCAAGGUGACGGUGAGCAAGGAAUCCACGACGAUCGUGGGCGACGGCCGCGCGGAGGCGUCGGUGGCAGCGCGUGUGAGGCAGAUCAAGAACAUGAUUGCCGAGACCGAGCAGGACUACGAGCGGGAGAAGCUGAAUGAGCGCGUCGCGCGCCUCUCCGGGGGCGUUGCCGUCAUCCAGGUUGGAGCCCAGACGGAGACAGAGCUGAAGGAGAAGAAGCUGCGCGUGGAGGACGCCCUCAACGCAACCAAGGCUGCAGUGGAGGAGGGCAUCGUGAUUGGCGGCGGCUGCACGUUCCUGAAGCUGGCGCGGAAGGUGGACGAGGUCAAGGAGACCCUAGAAAACGACGAGCAGAAGGUGGGUGCGGAGAUCGUGCGGCGGGCGCUGAGCUACCCGCUGCGGCUGAUCGCGAACAACGCGGGAGUCAACGGAAGCGUGGUGCAGCAGAAGGUGCUGGAGAACCUGGACGCCAACGUGGGCUACAACGCAGCCACAGACGUCUACGAGGACCUCAUGGCCGCCGGCAUCAUCGACCCCACCAAGGUGCUGCGUGUGGCCAUGCUCAACGCUGCCUCAGUUGCCAAGGUGUUCCUGACAUCAGAUGUCAUCAUCACAGAGAUCCCCCAGCCGGAGGGGGCCGCACAGGCCGGUGCCGGCAUGGACGCCAUGGGCGGUUACUAA